AAGUUAUGCUAAGGGUGUCACCUGGAGAUGGAGGUAGCUUCUUCAGUGCGGAUAAGCGUAAAAAACAAGUUACAUUAGUGGACCCAGCAUCUGGGCAAUCUUCAUCAGCAGAAGAUCGACGGCCUACUGUGGCGGCGCCAAAGAUGUUCGCAUUUGACGCGAUCUUUACUGAAGAAGACUCCCAAACCGAGAUCUGUUCGAGCGCUCUUACAGAUGUAAUUCAUGCGGUCAUUAAUGGAACGGAUGGCUGCUUAUUUUGUUUUGGACAUGCCGGUUUAGGUAAGUCUCAUACUAUGCUGGGAACUCCGGAGGCUGGCCAUACACUGGGCGCAAUUCCUUGCGCUAUAGCGUGGCUCUUCCGCGGUAUUUCGGAACAACGACAGAGAACCGGCGCCAGAUUUAGCGUUAGGGUCAGCUGCGUGGAAUUGACCACUGGCCAGCAACAACUGAGGGACUUGCUUGCGGCGCACGCGAACGACUCGGAACAAUCGCCGGCCGUGUACCUCAGAGACGAUCCGUUGUUUGGUACCCUUCAAUUGCAGCAGCACAGCGAGCUCCGCGCGCCGACGGCAGAACGCGCGGCAUUCUACCUCGACGCAGCGGUUGCCGGCCGUCAACGAGAGGACGGCGACGCACAUAUGCUCUAUACGUUACACGUAUACCAAUACAGCGUUGCCGGGAAGGGUGGAGUUGCCGGUGGUAGAAGCCGGUUGCACUUGAUGGAUCUGGGAAACUCGGAUCGCGGGAAAUCCUCGGGCGGAAUUCCCCUCUCCGGUCUGGGCAACAUUCUGCUUGCGAUUUUCAACGGCCAGAAGCACUUACCAUAUAAGGAACACAAGCUAACCCAAUUACUGAAAGAGUGCCUCGGCUCUCUGACUUGUCAUGCGGCUAUGAUAGCUCACGUGUCACCCAACGCCCAGCACUAUACCGAGACAUUAACCACUGUCCAAUUGGCAUCGAGGAUCCAUCGAAUGCGACGCCGGAAGAUCAAGUUCGUCGGCAGCAACACGCAGGGAACCGGAAGCGGCGGCAGUUCCGGCGAAGAAGCAGCUCGGCAGAACAGCGAAUGCGAUCCGAGUUCAAGCGAUUUGUCGGCCGACACCGUCAUCUAUGUUGGGCCGAGCGCUGACGACGCCACUGACGGCGAACAUCCACCCGUUUAUAUACCCAGCUUGAAUUCAGGUGAUAAUCGUUGCGCAAUGGGCAGAGUGCUUCGAGGUUCCGCCGCUGAAAGACCGAGCAAGAUUCCUGAGGAGCGCAGUCCAGCACAUAAGCCCUCGAAAGUGGUGAAGACUUUAACGCAGACCGCAUCGAAGCAGACCUCACCAGCGCACAGCGUAACGCCGAAGGCAAGUCCGGCCAGGAAAAAUUCUUCGUCGAAAAAUGCUUCAGCAGCAAAGUCCAACGAUUCACCUAGUAAGGUACCGAUAGUAGCGCCUAGUGGUGGAUCUGAUGAACAGUGGAUAGAUGGACCGAGGAUCUCGAAGUCGAAAGUCGCGGAGGCGAGACAUAUGCUAAAGGAGUCUCAUCACAAACGAGAAACAUGGAUCGAUGGACCAAUGCAAUUGACUGGCGCGCCGGCGUUGCAACUGCACACGCAUCAGCAUUCCUCCGGUUAUGGUUUCAUGGACAGUCACAAGAAGAGCAUGAUCAGAAAAUGGGUAGAAAAUCAAUCGUCCCAAAUACAACGAGCAAAGCACGCCACGCCACGACUUGAGUCCUCAAAGAUGUCCUCCGGUCAGUCAUCCGGUCAGUUCAAGGAGCUGACCCAAUUCAAAACCUGCGGCGGUGCGGACGACGACGACACAUCGUUGUCCACCGCGGAGAGUGACAGUUUGAAAGCGAACGAGAUCGAGGACAUAACUGAGAAGCUGAGUGCCAAGCUGAAUCUACUUAAUGUCAAGUCUAACACAGAUUCAGGAUUAGAUCUGACGGCAAGUCCAGUGAUGGAUGAUAGCAUCGAGAAAGGAAAACUUGAUCUACCGGAUGACGAAGAUGACGAUGAAGAAAUUGUCGUACCUCCUCCACUGCCACUAAUUGAACCACUUAGCAACGGAGUCAGCCGAGAAGUAUCCAUGGAAAGUUUAAAUCUGUCGCACAAGGACAUUGUUCUACCCUCCAGACACUCGUUAUCAUCUGAGGACGAAAUUUUAGAGAUCGUCGAAGUGGAGGACUUAGAGCCAGUACCUAUGCAAGACUCGUGUUUACAAGUUACCGAGGAGGACAUUGCGCUCUGCAUGGGUGAGAAUCCGUUGCCCGAAAGCGACCAGGAAGAACAUCCUUUAAGGAUUCUUAGUCAAGAGAAUCUCACCGUGGUAUCAACUUUCACAGACUCUAUGUCGGUGAUGUCGGACACGGAGAGAUACAGACCACAUUAUCCACCGCCGGUCGGCGCGGGUGUUCUACCCAGACCGUACUUCGACCACGAAGACUUCCUCGAGCAAGAGACCAGGCACAAGUUUGAUCAGUUGGCCCGCCUUCACGAGCUCUACCAAAGCAAACUCGCGCUCGCCAACGUUUCCAACUCCGUGACUUACCAAAGGGAAAACUCUUCCACCGUCAACGUGCGAGACGCUCCAUCGACCGUCUUCCGUCCGCCGUCUCGCUGUCAGUCUUUAUCCCUUUCGGAUGUCUUAUUCAACGACAACGCGAGCAAUCACGGCAGCAUAUACAGCGAACCCGCGUACAUAGCAGGAAAGCCCGAUCAGGAGAAGAUCUGCGAUAAUUGUCGUCAGAGCAUGUCUAGGCCCGCCACGGCCUCUUACUGGUACCCCAGUAGCGUCGCUCAUCUCGCCAGUCCCAGAAGGUAUUGCGGUAAGCUAGGCGACUGCAAUAUCUCCAGUUUGAGGCAUCCGGACGGUGCGUCGAAUCCUAAUCUAAAGGAGGAGAUCGAAAGGAUACCUGGAAAUGGAGCGUCUGGCUCGGACCCCGAAGAGGAAUAUAUCGAGGCAAAAAAGCUGUUUACGGCUGCCGAGAGAUCCGAGAGAACAGUUACGGGGAAGUCCGAUAUAGAGGAAGAUGUGAAGAUUCAAGGCGGUUCACCCUUGCUAUCAAUGCCAUCUCCGGCGCCGUCUUCCGGACGAAUGCAACGCAAGAUCCUUAGUCUCGGUUCCUCGUUUGGACUGAACAAGGAGGGCUCCGAUUCCGGCGCGGACACAACGCCAAGAGCGGCUAAGCUCUCACCAGCUACGCUGUCUAGAUACCGUGCCGAAAGUUCUGGUUACGAUAGUAUCGUUAGAGAUAGCGAAACGAGCAGCAUCGCCAGCGACUCGUCCCGACAGACUGGCGCGUUACAGGAACAUCAAGCGGUGGAACAGCGGGCGGCAGGGUGCGGGCCUCGGCGGUCGCGGGCCCACUGCCGGGCUCAACUGGGGCCGCCCGCGGCGUCGGCGAUUCUCGCCUAUACAGGCGAGGACGUAGACAUCCUGGACAGGCGCGCGCGGGUGCGAUCGAAUCCACGUGGAACGACAUCCAGGAUACACAGCCUUCGCCUGCGCCAGCGCCUUCUUAGGCUGGAACUACGCGAUGCCAAAAGGCGACUUAUGGUACCAGAUGCCCGUUGGGACUACAAUCUGUACGUGGAGGACAGUAUGGACUGGCGGGAUCCGUCGUUUUUGGAGGCCCUAAUGGCUGAGACAUGUAUUUUACAAAAGAGGGUAGAGGCCUGUAAGAGCCACGUUCUUCUGGUCACUUGCUUCGAUUCCUGCCCUCAAGAAUCGACAUCGGCCGAGAUUAAGAUCACCUAACGUAGACUUAGAUCAGCACGCAUGACCGCGUGUUGAUCAUCAAUCCCGCCCACCUAUCUACGAAUUUAAUCGUUGAAACGAGACGAGCGAGGUCGCCGAAUAGGAUGAAAUAAAAUUAGCAGAUAAUGACGUCGAUGUCGCUCGACUCCGUCCAAUAGUUGUUAAUGAUAUAUUGUGGUAUCGUCAUCGUCAUCGUACGUCGUCACUAUUGUUAAGUCUAAAACGGUACUAGGAAGAUUUUAAUAAAGAGGGAGCUAAAGUAAAAGUUUUACUGAAGUAUCGCACACGUACACGCACACGCACGUGUCUUAUCGAAGUUAUAUUAUGGAGUUAUAACGAAAAGUGUAUUCGUGUUAGAGAUUUCGCGGUUGCUUCAGUUUCAACGAUGUUUCUCAGGAUGCUGAAUAAAGAUGUUAGAUAAUUUUCGCGGUUGUUGCAAUAGCGAAACGAGUCUAAGUUUCAAACGCGAUGUUUGCGCCGUUAUAUUGGCAUCAAUGGUUUAAUGUGAGAAGUUGGUGCUUUGUUCUUAUGUCUAUUAUUCAUCAGAGUUAUUUAAAACUCCCGCUGCCAUUUUCUCUGCCAUUAAUAAAUUAUAAGAAAGAGAUAUUUCCGAUCUAAAGACUGUUGGCCAAUCGGCCGAACCACAUAUUUAUCGGGAACAGCGACAAAUAGAACAAACGGAUAAAGAUGCGCAUAGACUUCUAUUGUCGUGAUAGACUAAAAAUAUUCAUGUCAAUCUAAAACAUUAUGACACACGUUGAUAUUCAUAAUCAUAUCGAUCGAUAAUAAAAAUCGAUCACGGAUUAAAAGACAAUUGAGUAGAAAUCGAGGAAGCUGAUCAUGAACGAUUGUAAAUCAUAUAUGGUUAUUCAAGCAGUCUCGAUUACACAUAUCGAUAAUUGAGAUUGGCCAUAAUUUGGACAGUAAUCAUGAUUAAAUUUUGUAUAAUAUCGUUAGAGCUAUGAUUCCGAAAGGAAGAAGGGAUUAAAUGGCGUUGGUUAAUCUGAGUUGCUAAUGAAAAUCACUCACAAUGACGGAUAUUGAGAUAUUAGAAAUAGACGCAAAUUUGUUCAUGGGAAAAAUCGAGCUUCGAUUUUGAUAUGAAGCCAAAUGAAAACAACGCACUGCCAAAAAAAGUGCAAAAAAGAUCUUUUAUACGAAGUAACAAACAAUCGAUAAACGAAACGCGCCGUACGUAAUGUAUCUAAUGCACGCACGUUAAUUCAUGGUAUUAUCGUAGCUUUAAUCGUUAUCAGCAGUUACCGCACUUCGUAGGGUUCCGUAACUCACUUAAGAAAGAUGCAACGAUGCAAAGAUGAGAAUAUAUGAGAGGAAGAGAGAGGCGAGAGAGAGAGAGAGAGAGAGAGAGAGAGAGAGAGAGAGAGAGAGAGAGUGCGUGCGUGCGUGUGUGUUUGUGUGACAGAAUGAGUGACAGAAAAAAGAACGUGCGCAUGAAAGAUAAGAUGGAAAAAAAUGCGAGAGUAAGUCUAAAUCAUAAACCAUCGCUAAUCGUAAGAGACGAAUUUUGGUUCGAACGAAUGCUAUUGAAACUUGACGAAGAGAAAGGCGGAAAGGGAGCAAGGAACGAGCACCCGAAAUCUCGAUUUCAACAUGAGAAUGCGAAGAGAGAACGCGGAUAGGAUAUAAGCACAGGCGAGGAUGAGGCCGGGGAGAAUGAAAAUAGAUGGGAUGAAAAUAAAUCGGUAUGGGCGUAAUGCGAGAGGCAGAAAUAGAGGUAUUCUAGUUUUCCGAUGCGAGUCGUGGUGAACGACGACCAAUAUCGAUGAAAAACCAACCAUUUUUCUCGUUCCGAACUGUUAUACCUUGAGGUUCGUUUAUGCAUGAUACAUACGUAUAUGUAUAUGAAUAUAUAAGCGCACAUACACACACAUACACACACACCACACACACACACACACCACACACAUAAUGGAAACUGUACUAAUAUGAGCAACACGCGAUUAAUCAUCACACGUACACGCAGGUCCGUAUUUGCAUUCCAUGUUUAGCAUUAAUACAGGCAUCUGAUAUUGGAUUUUUGUUGACUACCUCUAAUAUAUUAUAAUUUUAAGAAUGAAAAUUGCGACCUAUAUGUUGUUAUGGAUUGUAAAUUUAUUAAAGCCGCAUUAGCGUUAAAUAUGAGAUAUAGAUGCGGACCAAAAGCAUGGACGUCAUUUUUUUCACGGACAAAUGGAAUGACGUCACAUUACCGAGCGACAAAUUCGUAUUCUACGGAAAAUAACGAGAUAAGUGACGCUAAUUAAAAAGAUUCUGUGUGCUCGUAUAUCACUUGACGACCAAAGACGUGAGUUUGCUGCCGAAACCGUCGUCAUUGCUUUCUGUUGGUUCCUUCUGUUGAGAGUAAAUGCCCGAUAUAUUGUCGGAUUGUUUAUCACGAAAGAUCAUACAUAGUUGACGAUUUUUCGUGCUAAUCAAUUAUUCGAAUUGUCAUACGAUCG